AUGUUACCGAAUACUUCAGAUAACAAGCGGCACGGAUAUCCACCAAUUUUAAGAAAAUCGAAGCCACUCGAGAGGAAUUACAAAGACUCGAUCUCAUUCACACUUCCAUCAAUCUCGAGACGAACAUCAAGAAUUGAUAGUUUGAGAAAGUCAUCAACCAUCAAUAAAGACAUAGAAAUUGUAGACAUAGUCUCACUCAUUGAGCAUCGUGUGAAACAUUUAAGACAAAAUGCGUUCUUGUACUUGAUGUAUGCUUAUCCAUUGUCAAGUGAACUUUUCUCGCCUUACAGCUUUGUUGAAGUUCCGUACUCGAAAGUAGAUAAGGCUCAUUUCUUUACGAUAUCAAAAGAAGGAUUUACUUUAUGGAGCUCAGCUGAGAAUCACUUUACGAGAAUUGGUGAUUGGUAUCGAGAUUAUUUGAAUUAUUGUAAUGUUGCUAAAAUCAAAUUAUUCAAAAGGUUUCGUCUGUGGAAAAGUUUUACAGUUUGGCACAAAGCAAUUAAAUGGAAGAAGUUUCAUGAUUGUCGAAACUUUAUCGAAGAGAAUCUUUUCUUUGCUAAUCCAAUUUUACACAAAACACUGCUCGAAUUACAAACAGAAAAUUGUGAAUUAAUUAAAGAAAAGUUUACACAUAUCGAUAUUGUCGAGAAUUGGCAUCUCUUCUACUUCAUUGAGAGUCAAAUGGCACAAUUUGAGUUGACACGGAAUUUAUUGUACAAGUUUCGUGAUCAAAUUGAGAAGAAACUGUUUGAUGCGUGCUAUCAGGCAAUGAUUCAAAAAGGUUUCACGCCAGAAGAUGAAAUCUUGAAUUGCAAAUCGAUUAAGAAGCUUAAGGAUCAAAUAAGUUUUACGGAAAGAGCUAGCAAGAAAAAUUUUUGUUCUCGUUUAACAAAUUAUUUAUACUUGGCAGACUUAAUUACCAUUAAUCUUUUAAGCACCAUCCUUUGUGACUCAUUUGAAGAUUUGACAAAAAUAUUUCAAAUUCACACAAAAUAUGGUCCAUGUUUUGAAAGGUUGAAGGCUAGCAAUGAGUUUGAAAUGCGAUUGGAAGAGCCAAGGCCAAUUUAUGCACCACAAGAUCCAUUUCUUGUUGCCGAGCUUGUUCUUAAACCCGAUAAAGUUGAAACAGAUCCAUCACGGGAUGUUACACUUUAUGUCGUUGGACAAAUGAUUGAUUUGUUUUGGGAAGCGAUUCAUAAUGUAAAGCCAUUUCAAAGUGAUGAGAAAUUCAAGCUAUUUACAGAGCCAAGCAUUGUAGGACAUCAAGAAGAGUGCCUCUUUAAAAAUCCAGCCUCAAUUGACUUCAUGUUGACGAUAAAUUCACAUUUGAACCGCAAUAAAAAAUCAAUAAUAACGAUAAUAAAUUUAGCAUAUGAUAAGGUUGAGAUUUACAUUAAAAGAUUUGAGGCAAUACGAAAGGCUUACAAGGAGGAUUUAGAAAUGGACAGGGAGCAAUUGAGAAAGGAAAAGGAUUUAGAUUUAUUGAUUGGAUAUUGUGAACGCUUUACCACUGAAAUGUAUUCACUCGAUGGACUUUUACCUGAAAUAAAUUUGGGAUUAUUAAAGCUGAAGCAAGGAUCGUUUCGUGAUAAAAUUUUACCGACCUGCCGUGAGCUACUUUCAAUACUUGAAGAACACCUUCCAUCACUUGCAAAAGAUACUGUUACGGAAGUACGUGAGAAAGCUGAGAAUUUAAUGACCAAACUCACAACAACGCCACAGGAGGCACAAAGUUUCGUCAAUUAUCUUGACUUCUUAGAAAAAUGUGAAGGUAAAAUUGCUGAGAUUGAAAAAGUUCUCAGCUAUGCUUUAAGAGCCUUCCAAAUCAUGCAAAACUUUGAAAUUACGGUUGAUGAGGAUGAGAAAGAGAACUUCUUGGAUGUUGAAGAAUUUCUGCAACAAUUGAAGGUUGAAUUGGAAUCAAAAAUUGAGUCACGUGAAUUUAUUAUUGAGCAAUUAGCAGCAAGCUUACAGAAGGAUAUUGCUAAGAUUUUUAAUGAAAUUGAGUCUGUCAGAAUUGAGGUUAUGAAACCGGAAUUGAUUGAUGAAAAUGCAAAUAGCAUUCAGGUCCGUGAAAAUUUGGCAGAACUAAUGGAGAAGCUUCACGAAUGCCAAGAAAAUUCUCAAAAAAUUCGUGGGUGGCAAAAGCAAUUUAGAAUUGAUGUUACAAGAUUUGAUUCGCUUGAUGUUGUUUUUCAAGAAGUUCGAUUGCGUCAGAUGCUUUGGGACUCACUACAGCAAUGGAAAGAUUGUUAUGAUGAAUUAAUUGAAAUUCCAUUCCAUAAACUAAACAUUCAACAAGUGGUUGAGCUCAAUACGAAAAUACUUAAAAAUUGUGGGAUGCUUGAAAAGAAUCUGCCGAAAAAUGAGAUUGUGCCACGACUGAAAGGAAAUUGCGAGGAGUUUAAGGAAAAAAUCCCAAUAUUAUUAUGUCUCCGUUCCUCAGAUCUCAAGCCACGUCACUGGUUGAAAAUUGAACAGACAUUGGAUAGGAAAUUACUUGGCAAUGAGAACAUUACAAUGUAUACCUUUGAGGAUGCAAAUGCAUUCGAUGGCGGUGAUAAUUCAACAGCUAUUCAAGAAAUCUCGGGUCAAGCUAUAGGAGAAGCAAAGCUUGAAGAGUCAUUAAAGAAAGUCGACACAGUAUGGAAAACUUUAGAACUUUCAAUCAUUUCAUACAGAGAUGCUCGAGAUAUUUACAUCCUAGGGGGAAUUGAUGAACUUCAAGCUGUUCUUGAUGACUCGAAUGUUACAAUUGCAACAAUUGCUGCCUCAAAGCACAUAGGAACACUAAAGCCCCGCAUAGAUGAAUGGAUAAGACAGCUGGAUCUUUUUGGAAAGACAUUCGAGGAGUGGGUGAAGGUGCAACAGUCAUGGAUAUAUUUAGAAGCAAUAUUCUCAGCACCUGACAUACAGCGACAAUUACCACAGGAAGCAAAAAUUUUCGUUAUUGUUGACAAGAACUGGAAGGAAAUCAUGAGACAUGUCGCAAAAUAUUCUCUUGCUCUGCCGGCAAUGACACAAAAUGGAUAUUAUGAAAGUCUGCAAAGGAACAGAAUUUUACUUGAACAAAUUACUCGUUGUUUAGAGGCGUACUUGGAAGUGAAACGUGUAGCAUUUCCACGCUUCUACUUUUUGUCAAAUGAUGAAUUACUCGAGAUUUUGGCACAAACGAAAAAUCCUCAUGCUGUUCAACCUCAUUUAAGGAAAUGCUUUGAUGCCAUUUCACGAAUAGAGUUUGGUAUGAAAGAGGGCGAUAAGAAAGGUGAAAAGGUACAGACGAAUGACAUACUGAGCAUGAUAUCGCCCGAAGGUGAACGAGUAACGUUUGCCAAAGGUUUAAAGGCACGUGGAUCUGUUGAAGAUUGGCUAAGCAAGAUGGAAGAAGCAAUGUUCUCGGCUAUUAAAAGAUGCAUGAAGUCAGCAUAUGUACGAUAUAAAAUAAUGGAUAGAGUCCAAUGGAUUUUUGAAAAUGCAAAUCAAGUCGUGCUUACCGUCUCACAAGAAGCAUGGGCACAAAAUGUUCAUGACAUUUUAGACUCGAAUGACGAUACGGAAGAUAAAAGCAAACGACUUGUUGAUUUUGAGGCGAAAUUAAUAAAAGAUCUUGGAGUUUUGGCAUCACUGGCACGCACAAGGCUUCAACCUUUAAUCCGAAAGAUAUUGUGUGCCCUCAUUACGGUUGAUGUGCAUGCAAAGGAUUCAAUAUCCAGUUUAAUACAGAAUAAUGUCACGAAAAGUGAUGACUUCAACUGGCUAAAAAUGUUGAGAUAUUACUGGAAACCAGAUACAGAGUUGGUGCAAGUUCGUAUGGCAUCUGCAAAUGUUCCUUAUUUGUAUGAGUAUUUAGGGGCAGGUGGUGUCUUGGUAAUAACUCCACUCACAGAUCGCUGCUAUCUUUGUCUAAUGGGUGCUAUACAAAUGGAAUUAGGUGGCGCGCCAGCUGGACCUGCAGGAACUGGAAAAACAGAAACAACCAAAGAUUUAGCAAAAGCUAUUGCAGUUCAAUGUGUGGUAUUCAAUUGUUCUGAUGGACUUGACUAUAAAAUGAUGGGAAGAUUCUUCUCAGGCUUGGCUCAAUCUGGAAGCUGGUGCUGCUUUGAUGAGUUCAAUCGAAUUGAUAUCGAAGUAUUGUCUGUGAUUGCACAGCAAUUGAUAACAAUAAGAAAUGCCAAAGCAAUGAAAUUGAAAAGAUUUAUUUUUGAAGGACGUGAAAUCAAGCUUGUUCAGUCAUGUGCUGCAUUUAUAACAAUGAAUCCUGGUUAUGCUGGAAGAACUGAGUUGCCUGACAAUUUAAAGGCUUUAUUCCGUCCAGUCUCAAUGAUGAUUCCAGACUAUAAACUCAUUGCUGAAGUCAUCCUUUACUCUGAAGGUUUUGAAGGCUCACAGAUAUUGGCACAGAAAAUGGUGCAAACUUACAAACUUUGUAGUGAACAAUUGAGUCAACAGUCACAUUAUGAUUUUGGAAUGAGAGCAGUAAAGUCAGUUCUUGUCAUGGCUGGUGCGUUAAAAAGAGCAUCGCCAAAUCAAAGGGAGGAAAUAAUUUUAAUUUGUGCAUUAAGAGAUUCAAAUUUGCCAAAGUUUUUAAAAGAUGAUGCUGCAUUGUUCAAUGGAAUCAUCAGUGACCUAUUCCCAAAUAUUGACUUACCAGUUGUGGAAUAUGGAGACUUACAAAGAGCGAUUGAGGAUAGCAUGAAUGCAAGAAAUCUUCAGCCAUUGCCAACUUUAAUAACAAAAUGCGUACAAUUGUAUGAGACGAUGAAUGUUCGUUGGGGCGUUAUGCUUGUUGGACUAGCUGCAAGUGGUAAAACAUCAACAUUACAUACACUUGCCGAUUCCCUUAUCAAGCUACACAAUGAUGGAGUUAUAAAUCCAAAUUAUCGCAAUGUAAAGAUCCAAACCAUCAAUCCUAAAUCAAUAACAAUCGAUGAGCUGUAUGGAAGUGUUAAUUCAAUGACCCUUGAAUGGAAUGAUGGAUUAUUGGGUAUGGCAGUAAGAUCAGCUGUCAGUGUAACUGAAGAAGAACAUCAAUGGAUUGUUUGUGAUGGACCAGUCGAUGCUGUUUGGAUAGAGAACCUUAAUACACUGCUCGAUGACAAUAAAAUGUUGUGCCUUGCGAAUUCAGAAAGAAUAAAGCUUACUCCAUGGGUUCAUAUGGUGUUUGAGGUUGAAAAUCUAGAGCAAGCAUCUCCAGCCACAGUAUCACGAUGCGGUAUGGUUUAUAUUGAUUCACAGCAUCUAACAUGGCAAGCAUUAGUGAAAUCAUGGUUGAAUACAAUCGACGAAGAGCAAUUUGAUACAGACUUAAAGACGUACAUUGAGGAGCUAUUUAAUAAAUAUUUCGAUGAUAUUCUCACAUUCACUAGAAGGAAAUGUGCAGUCAUACAGAAUCAAGUUGAGUCAAGCAAAAUUGACAUGCUGUGCACAAUUCUGAAGUCGCUACUAAUGAAAAUUCCAAAUAUGAAUCUUAUGGAAGAUUCGGACAUAAAAGCAUACAUAUGUAAGUUAUGGCUGUUCGCAACUCUUUGGUCAAUUGGGUCAAAUUUCUUUGAAGCAUCGAGAAUAAUUUUGGAAGUUCAUGUUAGGAAGUUAUUGGAAGGACAUGAGAACAUUGAUCUGCCGGAGACAAGUUUGUGGGAAUAUCGAAUUAAUCCAGAAGCAAAAGUCUGGGAAAAGUGGGAGAAAAUCAUUCCUAAAUUUCAAUUUAAUCCAAAUGUCCAGUUCUUUGACAUGAUUGUCCCAACAUCUGAUAUCGUCCGAUUUGGUUACAUUAGUGAGAUAUUAAUUAAAGCUUUACAUCCAGUUCUAUUCAUUGGCGAAGCUGGUGUCGGAAAAUCUGUAAUUGCAAAAGAGCUUCUGUCGCGUUUAUCAGCCGAAGGACAAAUAGUUCCAGUAUGCAUGAACUUUUCAGCCCAAACAAACAGCACAAGGACACAAGAAAUGAUUGAAAAUCGAUUGGAGAAGAGAAAGAAGACCCUUCUCGGUGCUCCAUUUGGAAAGCAAAUUUUGAUUUUUAUUGAUGAUGUAAAUAUGCCAAAGCUUGAAGUUUAUGGAGCGUCACCGCCAAUUGAGCUGCUACGACAAUUUUUAGACUUCAAAGGAUUAUAUGACCGAGAAAAAUUGUACUGGAAGAAUAUUGUGGAUUUAAUUUUAACCGCAGCAUGCGCCCCAGCAGGUGGUGCUAGAAAUCCUUUAUCGCCUAGAUUUUUGCGACAUUUUUCGGUCUUGUCAUUUCCAACACCAAACCGAAAUACUUUAAUUGGAAUUUUUGGUGGAAUCAUUGUGGGCUUCUUUUCAGAAUUUGCUAAAACAAUUUGGAGUCUAGCUGAGCCUCUUGUCGUUGCAGCUGUAACAUUAUACGAGCGAAUUGCACAGGAACUGCUUCCAACACCGACAAAAUCUCAUUACUUGUUCAAUUUACGAGACUUGUCGAAAUGUAUACAAGGCGUAUUGCAAGCCGACAGCUCAUCAUACACAAAUCAAAGUCAAAUUUUACGAUUAUUUUAUCACGAAGCACUUCGCACAUUUCACGACCGUCUUGUGUCAGAUGACGAUAAAAAGUUCUUUAAAAAUUUACUCAAUGAAAUAUCGGUGGAGCAUUUUAAAUGCAACAUUAUUGAGAACGAUGAAGUUUUAAUGUUUGGUGACUUUAUGGUGUUUGGUCAAGCGCGUGAGAAUCGAAUUUAUGAGGAAAUUAAAAAUGUCGAUAAAUUAAAAAGCAUAUUGUUGGAUUACAUUCAAGACUACAAUGCAAUGACUGGUAAAGAUUUGAAUCUGAUUUUAUUUCAAGACGCAAUCGAGCACAUUUUGAGACUGUCGAGAUUGUUGAGAGCUGAAAGAGGAAAUGGAUUACUCGUCGGCCUAUCAGGCUUGGGAAAGCAAUCGAUAACUCGUCUUGCAUCAAACAUAAAUAGCUAUCAGUGCAUGCAAAUCGAACUUAAACGUGGUUACGAUUAUACAUCAUUUCGUGAGGAUUUAAGAAAGUGCUAUUCAAUUGCUGGCAUAAAUAAUACGCCAAUUGUCUUCCUUUUAAAUGACACGCAAAUAUUGCAAGAGGAAUUUUUGGAAGACAUCAAUAAUGUCCUAAAUUCUGGAGACGUUCCAAACUUAUUUGAGGGCGAUGAGUAUGAGAAAUUGAUUUUAAGUAUUCGUGUGCCAUGCAUGGAAGCAAAUUACAAGGAUCAAAGUCGAGACGGAAUUUAUGAGUUUUUCAUUUCACGUGUCCGUAAAAAUUUGCAUGUUGUUCUAUGCAUGAGUCCUAUUGGUGAUUCAUUCCGUAAGCGAUGUCGAAUGUUUCCGUCAUUAGUCAAUUGCUGUACAAUCGAUUGGUUUGAGAUGUGGCCACAAGAAGCACUUUACUCAGUUGCAUAUGGCUCAUUAAGGACACUAUCUGAUGAUGAUCAGCAAUGUGAAAAUAUCGCAUCCGUUUGUGUCAUGAUACACGAUAGUGUUGAGAAGGCAUCAGAGACAUUCUUUUUGGAAACAAAGCGGCAUUACUACACAACACCGUCAAGCUAUUUAGAGCUUUUAAAACAGUAUCAUGCUUUAAUUAAACAAAGGAUGCACUCCAUAUCAGCAUUAAGGAACAAAAUUGCUAAUGGAUUGAAUAAAAUUUUAGAAACCAAUGAUAUUGUUGCUAUAAUGGAACAGGAACUUAAAGUAAUUGUUCCUAUUAUGGAGAAAAAAUCACUUGAAAUUAAAGAUACGUACGCAAAGUUGGAGAAAGAUACAGCACAAGUUGAUGCUAUAAAGAAAGUUGUAAUGCAGGAUGAAACAGAGGCAAAGAUCAAAGCAGCUGAGACACAAGAGCUAGCUGAUGAUGCUGCUAAGGAUUUGGAGACUGUCAUGCCGCAAUUGAGAACCGCUCAAGAUGCUCUCAGAGCUUUAAACAAAAGCGAUGUCAAUGAAAUUCGCGUCUUCCAAAAGCCACCAAAGCUUGUUCAAUUCGUCAUGGAAGCAGUUUGUGUGCUCCUUAACACAAAACCAGACUGGAAUAAUGCAAAACAGAUUAUGGCAGAUGUCAACUUCCUUAAAAAGCUACAGGAAUAUAAUGCCAACAAUAUUUCAGAAUCUAUGGUCAAAAAAUUAAAGACAUAUAUCGAUCAUAAGGAUUUCCAACCAGCAAUUGUUGAGAAAGUCUCAAAAACAGCCAGAUCAAUGUGUGCAUGGGUCAUUGCCAUGAAUCGAUAUGCUGAAGUGUUUAAGGAUAUUGAACCAAAAAUUCGUAAACGUGAUGGUGCUGAAAAUGAGCUAAAGCAAGUCAUUUAUAUCUUGAGGCAAAAGCAAAAUCAAUUAGCGGAAGUGGAAGGAAAAGUUCAGCUACUGAUUAAUGAAAGAGACAGGAAGCAGAAAGAAAUGCAUGAAAUCCAAAUGAGAUACGAUUUGAAUAAUAAGCGAUUGACAAGUGCCGGAAGACUAACAUCUGCACUGUCGGAAGAGGAAGCUCGAUGGAGAGAGACUGUUGAACGAUUGGAUAAUAAUCUCUUCACAAUUCCUGGUGAUAUACUUGUUGCUUCUGCAUAUGUUGCAUAUCUUGGUGCUUUUCCCAUCCAUUAUCGUAAGGAUAUGUGUAAGAUGUGGAUGCUUGAAUGUCAACGACUUCAAAUUCCGAGUGGUGAUAAUUUUGACUUUAUCAGCUGUUUAGGCGAUCCAUAUCAGAUUCGUGAAUGGAAUAUUUGUGGACUUCCUCGAGAUGAUGUUUCCGUUGAAAAUGGAAUAAUCACGACUCAAUCUAGUCGAUGGACAUUAUGUAUUGAUCCACAAGAGCAAGCUAAUCGUUGGAUUAGGAAUAUGGAAAGAGACAACAAUUUGAUUAUCACAAAAAUGGAUAAUCCAAAUCUUGUAAGACUCCUUGAAAAUGCCAUUACCGGUGGUCAACCAGUUUUAAUUGAGGAAGUUGAAGAAACUUUGGAUCCAUCUUUAAAUCCAGUCCUUGCGCGAUCUUUUUAUAAUCAAGGUGGAAGGAUAAUGAUGCGAUUUGGUGAAAAUGACAUAGAAUAUGAUUCUAAUUUCAAACUGUACAUGACAUCAAAGCUUUCAAAUCCUCAUUAUUUGCCCGAAAUUUGUAUUCAAGUUACAUUGAUCAAUUUCUUGGUAUCAAUGUCUGGAUUAGAGGAUCAAUUGCUUGCCGACAUUGUCAGAAUAGAACUUCCGGAAAUGGAGAAGCAAAGGAACGAUUUAAUUGUCAGCAUCAAUUCCGACAAACAGCAGCUUCAAAUGCUAGAAGAUAAAAUCCUAAAACUUUUAUUCUCAUCGGAAGGAAACAUACUCGAUGACGAUGAGUUGGUUGAGACGUUAAAUGAAUCAAAAGAAAUAUCAAUUGUAAUAGAAUCACGUCUGAUUGACACAGAAAAGACUGAGGAAGCAAUAACACUUGAGCGUGAAAAGUAUCGUCCCCUAGCAGCAAAAGGUGCUGUUUUAUUUUUUGUUGUCUCAUCACUUUCCGAAAUCGAUCCAAUGUAUCAAGUGAGCUUGAGAUACUUUACCCAAAUAUUUUGUUCUGUUCUUGAACAGGAUAUACCGAAAAUGGAAUUCAACGACCGCAUCGAGUUUCUGUUUCAACAGGAAAUUCGAUCAAUUUAUUUGAAUAUAAGUCGUGGAUUGUUUGAGAAGCAUAAAGCUAUUUAUAGCUUUCUUUUAGCAACGGAAAUUGAAAAGCAUGAUAAUAAAAUUACCGAUAAUGAGUUUGAUUUUCUCUUGCGUGGCAGUGCUGGAAGCAGUAAAAAUCUCAACGACGAUAAUGUUCGUAUUAAACCAGACAAUUUAGAGAAAGUAAGUGAGAAGCAAUGGAAUAGCUGCAUCUUCUUAGAGCAAGAAUUUCCUCACUAUGCGAAUCUUACAGUCGAGUUGAGUAAGAAGAUUGUCGUAAAAUUUAAAGAUCAAAAAUUCAAUCUCACUGAUGGCUUUGAAGACUCAUCGACUAAAUGGAAUGAGAACUUAACUCCAUUCUCGAAAUUAAUUCUCAUUUCGGUACUUAAACCUGAACAACUCAUGCUUGCUGUGAACUGUUACAUUCGAGACACGCUGGGAAGAGAAUUUGUGGAAUCUAAAACGACAUCAAUUGGGUCUGUUUUUCGCGACAUGACACCAUCAACGCCAUUGAUUUUCAUUUUGUCGAGUGGAAGUGAUCCGAUGACGGCACUUCAAAAGUUUGCUAAUGAGCAGGAUUUUAGUGAGAGGCUGCAAUCAAUUUCGCUGGGUCAGGGACAAGGCGUUACAGCUGAAGCACUCUUAACAAAAGCUCAAACAGUCGGCAACUGGAUUUACUUACAAAAUUGUCAUCUAUCAAUCUCAUGGAUGCCAUCCCUCGAGUCAAUCGUACGUGAUUUGGUUUUGGGAAAUUUCAAAGUACAUCCAGAUUUUCGAUUAUUCCUAUCAUCAAUGCCAUCAAGACAUUUUCCCGUAAGCAUACUUCAGAACUCUAUUAAGCUCACGAAUGAGACGCCAAAGGGAUUGAAAUCAAAUCUAAUGAGAUCAUUAAUGGAUUUAGACGAGGAAAUGUUUGAGAUUCAUAUCCAUGGAAAUAUAUGGAGGAAAAUGAUAUUUGGAUUGUGCAUGUUUCACGGUGUCAUAAUCGAGCGGAAAAAAUUCGGAAGUUUGGGUUUCAAUAUUCUAUAUGAAUUUAAUGAUAGCGAUCGUGAGUGUGCCUUAAACACAUUAAAUUUAUUCAUUGAUCGUGAAACUCGAAAGGAAAUUCCAUGGCAAGCACUCGAGUAUAUUAAUGGUGAAAUAACAUAUGGCGGCAGAAUCACUGAUGAAUGGGAUCGACGAUGUGCACGAACUAUAUUGAAAUUAUUUUCAUGCGAGAGCAUUCUCGAUGAGGAUUACGUGUACAGUAAGAGUGGCGUGUAUUAUUGUCCUAGUUUGAAGAAGCUUGAUGACUUUAAGCAGUAUGUUAACGAGUUGCCAUUUAAGGAAGAACCAGAGAUAUUUGGCAUGCAUGAGAAUGCUGACAUUGUGUAUGAAACGAAGGAAGGAAGUUUCUUUCUUAAAUCGAUUUUAGAAAAUCAAUCAAAGCUUGUCAGUGCUUCUACAAGCUCAAACGACACUAUAGUAAUGGAUAUUAUACAGAAACUUAAAGGUUCUAUUGCCAAAUCAAUAACAACAGACAGCAUGAAGGCUGAAUUGAAUGACACAGAUUCAAAAGACAGAGUUAUGCCUUUAACGACGGUUUUACUACAAGAGACUGGAAGGUUUAAUAAGUUAUUGAAAACAAUUCAUCGCAGUUUAAAGGAACUGGAAAAAGGAAUCAAUGGAUUUGUUGUCAUGUCUGAGAAUUUAGAGGCCAUUUUUGAUUCAUUCUUGAUUAAUCAAGUUCCAAAAUUGUGGGCAACGCACGGAUUUUUGUCUACAAAAUCAUUAAGCUCUUGGACCGAAGACUUGAUACUUAGAAUUGAGCAAAUUCAGAACUGGAUAGAAAAGGGAGUUCCAACAUCAGUCUGGAUUUCAGGCUUUUUCUUCCCACAAAGUUUUCUCACUGCUGUGCUACAAACACAUUCGAGACGAUAUAACUUAGCAAUUGACAUGCUUAAAUUUGACUUUGAAGUUUUGGACACGACUUUGAUGCAAAAAAGAAUUUACGAGACGAGACUUGACGGAGAAACAGGAAAUGUUUAUGGAGAAUUGUAUGCACCAGAUGAUGGAAUUUAUGUGCAUGGAUUAUUCUUAGAAGCUGGAAAAUGGGACAGUUCAAGAGGUGGACUUACUGAUCCAAAAAUAGGUGAAUUAGAAACUAUCUUUCCAGUUUUAUGGCUUAAACCUUGCCAGAAACUUGUCAUUUCUGAUCGCUAUGAGGCUCCACUUUACAAAACACCAGUAAGAGCUGGUGUAUUAUCGACUACAGGACAUUCGACAAACUUUAUACUUUCAAUUUUGCUGAAAUCUUUAAAACCACCAAAUUUUUGGAUAUUACGAGGAACAGCUUUGGUUACACUUUUGACUGAUUAAAAUUACUUUUUCAUUUCCAAUUUAAUUAAAAACUUUUUGAUACAACAAAACUACAAAUUAAUAAGCUUUACUGAUAAUAAUAAGUAACUUAAUUAGCUUCACCGUUCAGCUUUUGUUCCUCAGAAUUUGUUGCUUCUUCGUUUGCAGGCGUGUCGUCAUUAUUUGGUCCAACUUUAGCUCGUUCCUUUUCCGUUCUGAAUUUUUGACUAAUAUACUUCCAAUACUUGUAUCUGAUUGUGUCAUAAUGGUUAGCCAGCAUGUCGCAAAUUUCAUAGACCUUCCUUGCAAAAAUCUCUGGAUCAUCAUAACUGUUUGUCUCGUAGAUGUGUAAAGUCUUUUCAAUAUACAUAUCCACAAGAAAUGCCAACAAGUAUGGUGCUCGAUUGCCAGAAUUGUAAAGGUCUUCAGUAAAUGCUUCUACAUCUGGAAAUUGACUGAUUUGAAAGUCUCCCGACUCUAGUAAUCCUUUAAGAUAGUUCCAGGAGCUCUCAUUGUUCUUAACUAAACGAAUACGAUUUAUGGCAUAAUGAAUUUCACGCUGGACAGUCUCAAGUGUUAAUCCCAUAUGUUUUAAUAUGAAAAAUCUCUGAUUCCAUGCUGAAUUAUUUCUUACAUCUGCUGAUAACAGCUUGUCGAUGUAUGCCAACUCGUUAUCGUAAAGACU